AUGGACCACUAUGUCGCCCAUUUCGGAGACGACCCUAGCAUCAAGGGUGCCAUUGUAUCUACGUUCAAUGGUGGAUGUUUCUUUGGCGCUGCUGGUGCUGGAUGGGCGAACGAUAGAUUUGGCCGCAAGCGUACAAUUCAAAUCGGUUGUAUAUUUGCAUUGUGGGGAUGUGCGAUGCAGUCUGGAGCCAGUAACGUUGCUACUCUCCUUAUUGGGCGUAUCGUCGCUGGUCUUGCGAUUGGUGUUCUUUCGAUGACUGUGCCUCUGUACAAUACGGAAGUUGCACCUCCUAAAAUUCGAGGAUUUUUGGUCGGGUUAAAUCAACAGAUGCUUGGCAUCGGUUUUAUUGUGGCAAACUGGGUUGGCUAUGGCUGUCAGUUUAUCAAGUCAGAUGUUUCUUGGCGUCUUCCUCUUGGUUUGCAGAUGCUACCCGCAGGCUUGCUGUUUGUCGGCAUUCAUUUCCUUCCCUUUAGUCCUCGCUGGCUACUCGAAGUUGGAAGAGAUGACGAGGCACGCAAAGUCGUUCUCAAAUUGCACGGAAAUGACAAAGUCGCAGCCGAUGAGGAGUAUACAAAGAUGUACACCACCAUCAAAGCGGAACAUUCUAUCAAAAGCAGGAGAAUUAGUGACUUGUGGGCUACGCGUGCGAUGGCCCAUCGUACCCUUGUCGCUGUCGGUGUACAGGUGUUUUGUCAGUUCACAGGCAUUAAUGUUAUCAACUACUAUGGGCCACAAAUGUACACCGCCCUUGGAAUCAACGGUGGAAAAGCACUUCUAGUUCAAGGGAUCUACGGCGCCGUCGGUCCAAUUGCCAAUAUCUUCUUUAUCACACUUAUUUUGGAUCGCGUAGGACGCAAGAAGCCUCUUCUGUUUGGUGCAGGCAGCUUCGUCGUUACUUUCUCUAUUCUAGCGGCUAUACUAGCCACAAAUCCUCUCGAUGCACCGGAGACCAACGCUUCUGCUCAAAGAGCGGGCAUUGCUAUGAUAUUUUUGACCAGUAUUUUCUUCUCUUUGAGCUUCGGACCUGUCAGUUGGGUAUUGGCUUCAGAAGUUUUCCCAACGAGUACUCGUUCCAUAGGGACUAGUGUUGCAACAUGUGCAAACUGGGCCUUCAACACUCUCCUCUCACAGGUAGCACCACUUGGAAUAGCAAGAGUUGGCUGGAAAUUCUACAUGCUCUUUGUUUCUCUCAACUUCGUGGAUUUCAUUGCAAUUGCAUUAUUCUUCCCUGAGACCAAAGGAAAAUCACUAGAAGACAUGAAUCAAGUGUUCGGAGAUGUGCCUCCUGAACCAACCAACAAGGAAGUUAAAAACUCGAAACAACUACAUUCUGACGAAGAAAAGAGUGUCGAGGCCACAUGA